UAAGAAUUAGGGCCUUUCAUCAACAAAAAUCGUGGUUUGAAAAAAAAAAAAAUAAAGUUUUUCGUGGUAGUAGAAUUGUCACAGUAAUCUUUUGUAGGCUGUUUCACGGUUUUUGCACAUUUAUUUUGGUUUAUGGCACAUGUAAGAUAUAUUAUCUUGACAAAUGCUUAGAUAAUUCUUUGCUUUCAAAGGGAAACAGAUCGAUGUCUCAGCUGUCAACUCGCAUCGACAAAAAACUUGCUUCUUUAUCAUCUCCAUCCUUUGACCCCUAUAUCUUUAAAGUAAAUGAUCAACUACGCAAGGAAAACAAGACGGCUUACGAACCAGAAAUACUCGCAAUUGGUCCUCAUCACAGUCAUAAUGUUAACCUACAAAUGAUGGAAAAACACAAACUAUGGUACUUGCAAGGGUUGCUUAAACGAAGAAAUGAGUGGAGCAAUAGAUAUGUCGUAGCCAUGCAAAAAUUGAAAGAGAUUACACGUAGUUGUUAUGCAGAAUCCAUUAAUCUAGAGGAGGAUAAGUUAGUGGAAAUGAUGCUACUUGAUGGAUGUUUUAUCAUCGAGAUGCUUCGCAAGUGCAAAUCUGGAAAAUUUGGAGAUACACAAGAUGGUAUUUUUAAAAUUUCUCAAAUUUGGAAUGCUAUAUUACGUGAUUUACUGUUAUUUGAAAAUCAACUUCCUUUUGCUAUCCUCUUCAAUUUAUUUAACAUGGCAAAAGAUUCAAACCAACAAAGCGCACCAAACAAUAUUGUUGACUUAGCCCUCGACACUUUAACUGAACGGGUAACAUAUUUAAAGAAUUUGCCUCGUUCAACGAUUCCACCAGAUAAUACUGUGGAUCAUCUUCUAGGCCUCUUACAUUACACCUGGUGUUCUUCAUUUGCUGAAAUUGUGUCCUCUCGUCGGAAUAUUGAUGAAAGCCAAGGAAGUAAAUGGAGUUUCAUAAAAUGUGCCACAGAGCUUAAAGAAGCUGGGAUUAAAUUCGAGAAGGCUACAGAAAGUUCCUCUUUGUUUGAUAUAAGGUUCGAAAAUGGAAUCAUGAGAAUUCCUCCUCUGCGAAUUUAUGAUGAUACAGAGUGGUUCUUUAGAAACAUGAUUGCAUACAAGCAAUAUAAACAAGGAAUCGAGCCAACUUAUGUGACUGACUAUGUGAUUUUUAUGGAUCGCCUCAUCAAUUCCCCAAAGGAUGUCGAAAUACUUUGCGAUUGUAGAGUUAUUGAUAACUGGUUGGGUGAUGAUACAACGGUCUCUAACAUUUUCAACAAAAUGACCAAUCAUGUCAACACAAGUUCAGCAAGGUUCUGUUACCGGAAAGUUUUCAAUGACGUUAACGAGUACUGUGGACAUCUUUGGCAUACAUGGAUGGCUAAUUUAAAGCACAAUUAUUUCAACAGCCCGUGGUCUAUCAUUUCAGUCAUCGGUGCUUUUGUGUUGUUUGUACUCACUAUGAUACAAACUAUUUAUUCUAUCUGA